AUGGGUUCUCAUUGCACUGAAACAGUAAAUUGUUAUAUUUGGGAAGGUGACUCGGUAAAAAAGAUCAACCUUGCCUUACUUGACAUAGGAUGGACCAUUAUUCAGGCCGUGGAGCGUCAAGGUUUCUCUCUUGAAUAUGCUCUACUUGGGAGUAUCUUCGUUCCUCUCCUCAGUCUCAUUCCUCUGAUUUUCCAUUCAUGCCUAGCUGACGCCAGCUGGACCACGAAGUUUGCACUAAUCCCUGUUGAGCCCAAGCUGUCUGUCCUAGCAUCCACGACUGUGACUAAUAUUGCAGCCAACGCAACCCUUUCUAACAGUAGUAGAUUAAUUACAAUGGCUUCAUCAGUGGGUGCCAGCCACUCUAAAGCAGAAGCUACAAUUGGCUCUUCUCUUCAAUCAUUAGAGCAACCAAGUGGUGAACUUCCCCGAGCUCCCCUUCUUCAAUUGGCUUACUGGCUAGCAGUAGUCGCUGCGCAACUGAAGCGAACUUGGCUGGGCGAUGAUCUACUUCACAGCUUUAUCAUGUGGCUUGAAGUCUCUAAUGGUGAUACAAUUACCGAUUUAUCAGAAGGCAAAAAAAAAGAAGCCAGUGGUACACUUACAGCAAUCAUUAGGUCCAGCACUGGCAGUAGCGAAGCUGAUGAAAGUCAAUUGCCUAGCUAUCCUGGGCUUAGCCAAGCUAUCUGGCUACUUCCUCAGCUAGGACUGUUGGUGAUCCGAGCCAGCGUACUGAGUCUCUCUAGAUUGCCAAUUCGAUUUGCUAAUGCAUGGAUCUUGGCGCCUGACCUUGGGUAG